UUUCUUUUACAUUUAAAAUUUGUAUAUUUAGCCUGGCAUAAAUAAAACACUCCUCAACCCUAACUUACGAUCUCUCUCUCUCUUUCCCUCUCUCACUAAAUCCACCCCACCCCCUUCUUUGUGUGUUUCUAACACACACCUAUCAGUCAGUUUGAUUUAACCCCUCUCUCACACAUGUAUGAGGUCUCAGAGUUCUGACUGCUUUGUUCUGACAAGGAAAACUGGAAUGCACACAAAUCACAUGAAGGACACAAACAACAACUUUAACAACUCUCUCCUCGGUGCCCAAAAGGAGAAACUUAUUCAGGCGAUUAAAAAAAUCAAACAUGAAAUCGAUGAAUGUUAUGAAGCUGAGAAAGAUGCCUUUGUGGACGCACUGGAGGUCGAGAACAGAUUUGAAGAGAUUGAGCGUGAAAUCCGAGCAGAAUUUCAAAACCUCCACCGCUUCCUGAACGAGGAGGAGGAGGCAGACGUGGAGCGACUGAAGAAGGAAAGAGACAAACGAGUGAAGAUCUUAAAAGACAGAGAGAAGAAGAUUGCCAUGCAGGGUAGAGAUCUAGAGAAAGCCAUUGAGGCGCUGAACUGCAAACUGCGAGAAGACGACAGUCCCAAACUUCUAAAGGAAAUCAAUGAGCUUCUUAAAAGAUGCGAGGUGAAUUUUGUUCGUCCUUCACCAAUCGACAGUGAAAUCCUCUCGAGUCAGUUUGUGGGGCCCAUUCAGUACCGGAUCUGGAAACACAUGAAGGCAUCACUAUACCCAAACAUAUCCAUGUUGACGUUUGACCCUGAAACGGCACAUCCCCUCCUGACCUUGUCUCCUGAGAGAACAGCUGUGACUUUCGAGGAGGGCAAGGAGCCUGAGGAGAACCUGGCUGAGAGGAACCCGAAGCGAUUCCACUACUAUUACUGCGUAAUGGGCUCAGAGGGCUUCACUCAUGGUCGCCAUUACUGGGAGGUGGAGGUAAAAGGCAAGACCGCCUGGAGAGUGGGUGUAGCGAGAGCGGACGUGCACCGCGGGGAGAUGGACUCUUCCUCGACACUAAAUGGACUGUGGACGUUGUCUCUCAGAAAUGGCUCGAUGACGGCCUGCACCCACCCAAAGCCCACACCAGUAUUCUCGUACACUCCCCCAAUCCGCAUUGGCGUUUUCCUAGAUUGUGAUAAUGAGGAGGUGUCUUUCUACAACGCUGUCACCAUGAACCCACUGUUCUCCUUCUACACGGGGACUGUUUUAGUGCCGCUCUAUCCAUUUUAUAACCCGUGUGACACAGAUGAAGGAAAGAACUGUGCUCCUCUUUCCAUAUUUCAUCCAUUACUGUGAAGGAUUGGCUUUGGUGUUUGUUUCCUCUACUAACUGCUGACAUGGUUUGAAACACUGGAUUUUGAUCAACUGAAAGCAUGAAUGCCUGUGAAGCUAGAUAGCAGGGGUCUUAUUUAUAAAUGUGCCAUACACAUAAAAAUAA